AUGAUCUCACCUAACAACAUCACGCCGUGCGGCAUGAAGAGGUGCAUUGUGGGAGCGUUUACAGCCGCGUUCGCACAAAGCCCGUCUCUGUCUGCGAAGCCAAGACUCGCGGAAAUCCUGCCAAAGGUCCCGGCGGGGGGUACACGUGUUAACCACCCCACCCCCAUCAGGCCCCAAGGCACCCGCCACUACAGCAGAGACCAGAGCGAGACCGAGGGCUGCCUCAAAGAGCGACACGGGGUUGAAAGACACGAAAACCUGAAACCACAGAGUCCUGAAAGACGACAGAAGGAAUCAGAGGAACCAGAGGAACCAGAGGAACCAGAGGACUCUGUCUGA